GGGAGCUUCUGAAAAGGAAGACGUAAUGGUGUGAUUCCUUGUGUCCUUGCAAUGGUCAUCAUUCUAAUAUUACACAACAAAUUCCACAACCGGGAGUCAGAAUGAAGGGUUGCAAACUCUGAUUUUACGGAUACAUGUAUAAGGCGGGGGCAUCGUCCAUGUGGGCGUCAUGCUGUGGGCUGCUGAACGAGGUGAUGGGCACAGGGACGGUGCGCGGGCAGCAGCCAGGGUUUGGGGCCGGGACGGGGCCCUUCCGCUUUGCCCCCAGCGCCGGGUACUCCACAUAUCCCCCCACCAGCUCAGGGAGUGCAGGUCAGCUCUGCAAGGCCUGUGGACUGGCCUUCUCCGUCUUCAGGCGCAAGCACAUAUGCUCGGACUGUAAGAAAAGUUUCUGCGCCAUGUGCUCAGUGCUGCAAGAGAGCCUCCGCUGCUGCACCACCUGCCACCUCCUGCGCGGAACGGCCUUCCAGAGACCACAGCUCAUGGCGCUGCGCGUUAAAGACCUGCGCCAGUACCUGCUGCUGCGCAACAUCCCCACAGACACCUGCAGGGAGAAGGAAGACCUGGUGGACCUGGUGCUCUGCCACCAGGAAGCUGGAGAAAACACCUUGACACAAGGAGGUGUAGAGGAAGAUGGGGAGGAGGAUGAGGAGGAGGAGGAGGAGGAAGAAGAAGAAGAAGAAGAGGAGGAGGAUGCAGACACAGACAGCCUGCACUCGCUCCCCCACUCCCUCCACGCCUCGCCCCCCUCAGCCGCACACCGCUCCGCUUCAGAGCAGUUGUCUCUCUCCACCUCGGAGCAGUCGGCUCUCUCCGCCUCUCAAGGAGGCUCUCCUCUCAGCCGGAGUGACAGCUCAGGGACCGCUCAGAGCCAGGAGCAUGGGGGAGCUCCGACCAUCCCACUCCUUCACCUGGAACCUGCCAGUGAACCUAUCAUAGAGGUCAGUCCAGUGACACAGAGGAGAAUACGGGCCUCUCUAUCUGACCUGGACAACGAAGGGGACAUUGAGAGCCUGUCUGUCCGGCAGCUCAAAGAGAUUCUGGCCCGUAACUUUGUCAACUACUCUGGCUGCUGUGAGAAGUGGGAGCUGAUAGAGCGGGUGCAUCGGCUCUACAGGGAGAACGAACAGAACAGGAAGUCCAUGGAAAAUGUCAGCAACAUCAACAGCAUGUCUGCAGUGGUGUCAUAUCCUCCGCCUAUCUGCAAUGGUGCAGUGGAAGACAGUGUGAAGGCUCAGCUGGCCUCUGAUGACCACCUAUGUCGCAUCUGCAUGGACGCUGUGAUCGACUGUGUGCUGCUAGAGUGCGGUCACAUGGUCACCUGUACCAAAUGUGGGAUGAGGAUGAGCGAGUGCCCCAUCUGCAGGCAGUACGUGGUGCGGGCCGUGCACGUCUUCAAGUCUUAACUCUGCCUUGAGCGUGCAUGUCAGCCAAGGACAUUGAAGCUGUGACGUAGUGUGUGCAUAUGCUUGAAAACCAGAGGGAGUGUGAAUGAUUUUGCAAGUUUCCAAGGACUUAAUGCUACAGCAGAUGUGCACAUCCUCCAGUCCAAAUGACAUGCAGAGCAGACAGCUUCACACAGCCUGACUUUUACUACAGCUACUAGAACUACAAGAGCCCCACAGGAAAUUGCUCUGUCGUGUCUGGACCUCCACUGGCUCCAGGACACUGACCUUCUGUCUUUAGUGUGAUACACACUGAAUUGUUUCACAAAUAACUCUCCAAUAUCUUAUUUUACAGUGCUUCAUGUCAAUUAGUUUUUUACUUUUAAUAAACCAUGAAGCGGAAUUGGUCCCAUCAGGGCCGAUAUACCGAACGGGGACACAGGGCUUGUGCCCCGGGGCCCUGACCUUCCUCAACCAAAUUUGUAUUAUUACAUUUUUGGGGUGUUGUGGGUCAGAUUGCAAAUAGUGUAAAAUUGCAGGAAAUUAGCUUUAAAACGGCAACAUAUUCUCUUAGCCUCAUGAUAAAAUGUGUAGAAGGAGGGGGGAGUGCCUUGAGGUUGGUGCCCCAGGGUUCCAAAUGCAGUAGACUGGCCCUGGGUCCCAUGGAUACUUGAAUUGGAUAUGUUUCAUGGUGAGUAGGUAUUAGGUGAUUAAGGUGGAGAUCAUUAUGAUAUCCCAGGGUUAGAGUCAAUAUGGUUUACACACUCAUACCACACCAGGCUAUACUAUACGUAUCUCCUUCAAUGUUCUUUAGUAUGUGCAAUAUUAAAACAUAGACUUCUAUGUCUGUCUAUGACUCUCGUCUGAGAAACUCAACCAGGCUGCAUGUCUCUGUGCUGUUCCAUUCUAUAUACACAUACACAUACACACACAUACACAGGGGAGGGUUUUAGGUGCCAAACUUCAUACUACAACUACAUUACUGAUUGCUGUUUCUAUGCCAAGUGUCACUCCUCACUUCAGACCAUGCAUUGUAGAUUUGAGCAGCAUCCAACCCAAUCAAUAUGUAAACCAUCAAGCUCAGUGAUUGGUUGAAUUGUAGGGAAGCUCUUGAGCCACAUGCUAUGGGUUAUAGGGACUUCAGUUCAAGGCUGUCCAACCCAUGUUCUCCUUGCAUGUGUUGAAUCAGUCACAAGUGAUAUCACAUUAUGAUUCAUAUUUAUGUUGAUGAUCUUGUUUGGUUUAGAGAAGGCUCCUGUCUACUGUGGUAACAUACCAUACACUGUGGCUGGGUCAUCCCAUGCUUUACGUUCCUAUGCUCUUCGUCGGUGUAUCUUUUAUUAAAGUCUGGCAUGACUGACAAUGUGUCUGCUACUUAGCUUAAUUAAGCAAUAUCAUUCCAUUACUUUUCCUAGGUGUGUUGUCCAUUGGCUCAGUGUUCACCUCUUGAAGGUGACAGGUGCUAAUUCCUCUGUUCUGAGCUCAUAUUUAAACAUCUUUUAUCACGUUGUGUAUUUGUCUUUUAAUAUCUCUUUUCAAGAGAAGAAAAGGAUGCAUAAACUCAGUCUAAGUUGAUUUGUUUAUACAAAUACAACUUCUGUUCUUUCAUAAAAUUACAUUUAUUCAAAUGUCUAUUGAAAAAACAAAGUAUCUACUAAUGCCUGUAGAUCGUUAGACAAAAAGAUUAUUGCUGUAAAAUAAUUGCAUAUGAUAUGUAAGCUAUUGAUAAAUAUAUAUUUUUCCAUUUGCUUUGGAUGUCGUAAUAUCAUUUAUUAGCAUUUGAUAUUUUAAGAGGUUGAAUCAUUUUUUUCAGAAUGUAAAUUCCAUUAAUUUGAUCAAAUGAAUAUGACUCUCCAAUCAAAAACAGAGAGAUCACUGAUCAUGACAUUUCCCCAUUAAAGUUCUCAUUUUAUUUUGGAGCAUUUCUUGUCCUUACCUGCUAGCGGAUUCAAAACCUUAUGAAUAUUUGUACAACGCACACGGUAGCGAACACUGUCACUGUGUUUACAUGUAUGUUUAUAAUAAUGCUGCGAUAUCGCAGAUGUCCCUUGUAGGCAGCUAUAUGAUGUCAAAGUAGGAUGAGUUAUAGCUAUGAGCACUCUAUGGAAUCCUGGAACUUUGUAUUUUGGAAUGUUGAACUUUUUAUUUUGGUAAUUACAAGUAUUUAAUAGAUUUAAUA